AUGAAUCGAGAUUCAGACCAAGGUACACAGUACCUUAUCCUGCAGCUGUUGCUGGAAGACGUGAAGGACGAGAUCGAUAGAUCUGAAGGACAACUGCUGUCGAAGGAGGCGACUCCACCAAUUCACAGCCUGGGGCAAGCCGAAUCUGAGAGUGUAGCGGCACUUUAUAUCUGGAAAUCUGAAAUUGAAAGCCAAGUCACCAUAUUAAGCGACUUUCAACUAGCCACGGCUUUAUCGCUAGAAGUGGAAACCCUGGAGGAACCGCCACCCAAAGGGAAAGAGUCAAAAGAAAAGUGGUCGUUCAGCAAGUUUAUUUCCAACACCGUCCAAAAGUUAGUCAACUCAUUCAAGAAGAUCAUGCGCUCAAUCAGAGUCUUGAGUCCGGCCGACUCUUUCAAGCCAGUUUGCAGCUCCUGUCAAGAAACGAGCAACAAUAUAUUUCAAACAAAGUGCUCCCACUUCUAUUGCAAGAGCUGUCUGAUACGCCUGUUUACAACCUCUUUGAAGGAUGAAUCCAUGUUUCCCCCUCGAUGCUGCAAGAAACCAAUCCAAGGCUCGGGCUUGAAGAACAUGAUAGGGUCUGCAUUGGUUGAACAACAUAGGACGAAGAACCUCGAGAUUAAUGACCACAACAGAACGUACUGUUCGAAUUCCCGCUGUUCUCGAUAUAUUUUACCAACAGUGACCUUUGGAACAAGAUUCCUCACAACAGUGGGCACUUGCAAGUGUGGUGUCCGCACAUGCAGGAAAUGUAAGAAGCCUGCUCAUGGGGGAAAAUGUCUGUAUCAACUUGACAAGUCCAUCGAGAAAUUGAUGCAACGCAAGGGUUGGCAACGAUGUUCCAGGUGCGGCCAUGUGGUUGAACUCACCACAGGUUGUAUGCAUAUCACGUGUAUGUGCAAAGCUGAGUGGUGCUAUAUUUGCGGGAGAAAAUGGAAAACCUGCGACUGUAACACGCAUUUGACCGAGCGGAUGUUCCAAAUCCAAAACCCAUCCGCGAAACCUCUGCCGUUGACCAUCCAAGAGCUUGGUUACUCACUUGAGACCGCCAUCGAUCUCACCGAAUCCACCAUUUCGGAGGCAUGGCAUGAAUGUGUUUCCUGCCGGGAAGAUCAAAUCCUAAGCGAUAUGCUCAAAACGCAGUGUUCGCACUAUUAUUGCAAGAAUUGCCUAGCCCGCACGUUCACGGAUUCCUUGCGCGAUGAAUCCUUGUUCCCACCAAAAUGCUGCCAAAAGCCCAUUAGGGCCUCGGAGCGCUUGCUCGGAACCUCAUUGGCGCAGAGGUCCAAGGAGAAGGCCAUCGAGCUGAAUGACCCUGAUAGGACAUAUUGCUUUGAUCCGAAAUGCUCUCGAUACCUCCCGCAAAUGCUCACACGACAUGGGGCGUGCAGAUGUCAAACCUGUGGAAGACGCACGUGUAGGAAGUGCAAGAAACGUGCUCAUGGGGGUCGCUGUCUGCACGAGUGUGACGCGAUGCUAGAGGAUCUGGCAAAGAGCGAGGGAUGGCAACGAUGUUCGAAAUGCGGUCGUCUGAUCGAGCUUAGAACGGGUUGUAAUCACAUCACAUGUGUUUGCAAAUUCGAAUUUUGUUAUUGUUGUACGAAACGGUGGAAAACUUGCGGAUGUGCGUAUUCCGACGAGGUCAAUUUGUACGAACGAGAUGCGUGA